AUGAACACAAGCAAACUGAAUAAUAUUUAUACUGGUCUCAAUAACAUGCAGUGUUCCUAUCGUUUAUCGAUUGUUAUCAUGUCUAUUUCGCUCAGAUUUAACGAAAGCCUUAUAAAAGAGAAUAAUGAUGAAGAACAAAAUAAAGACUUAAUUACCUUCAAACGUUGGCUUGGAAUCCAAUCGUGCAUCGAUUAUAUUGAUGGUUCUGGCGAUAUAGAUAAAAAAUAUCCGACAGAAGUGGAUAUUAUGUUUAAUAAAACAAUAAAAUUAUUGAUUGGCAAUAAUAUAGAUGAAGGAAAUACUUUUUUGGUUACUCGAGACGGUGAGGAAUAUACAUGGCAAGAUACGAGUGUAAAAGCUAUAUUCAAUUCUGGAGUUGAAACUGAAGCAGAUGAUGAGGAUCAAAGUGACAGCAUAUCUUAUACUUCCAAUAAGAUUGAUUGGAGCAACACAAAGAUUGUAAAAGCCACAACUAACACGAUUGAUUUUCUCGCUUUAACUGAUGAUGGCAAAGUAUAUUACACAAACAUUUGGAAAUGCGGAUUUGGUUGCGGUAUAUACCAAAUGGAUAUCAAAGAGAAGAUUAUAUGCAUGGGUUGCGGAAUUAAUUUUUAUGUGCUAGUUACCGAUAACUUCAAAGUAGUCUGUGGAACUAUUCAUACACUCGCUCUAACUGAUAAAGGAAAAGUCUACGGCUGGGGUUCAAACAUUAGUGGACAAUUGAAUCCGAAUAACACAGAUGACGUUUCGUCUCCUAUCUUGAUAAAUAUAGCUAAUGUAAAAAAAGUAUCAGACAUCGCCGCUAUUGGUUACAAAAGCUUUGUCAAGUCUAGGGAGAAUGGACUUGUCUACUGCACAUUUGGUUCUAGGAUGCCAUCUAAAAAACCUAUCGUCUGUGAAUAUACGAACGCGUUUGACAUAUCCAACUCGAUGAUGGGUCAAUCGCCAAUAUCUAUGACCCGUCAUUUCAUAAAUGAAGAAUUUAACAUAUUAAAUGAUUUGGAAACUGCAUUCAACGAUAAAUCUACGAGUGAUCUCACGAUGGUAGUCGAGAAACAAUCAAUUUAUGUUCACAAGGUUAUCCUGAAGAUUCGUUCUACAUAUUUUAGAACCAUGUUUCAAACUGAUUGGAUUGAAAACAAGCAAAGCAUCAUCGAGAAUCAUAAUUAUAAGUAUAUCGUCUAUAAAAAAUUUUUGGAAUAUUUAUAUACCGGUAGGAUCAAUCUAUCAUCUUUUGAGAACCUUUUAGAUCUUUUGCGACUGGCAGAUGAAUUCUGCGAGAAAAAUCUCCAGACGGAUUGUAUACGAAAAAUAAAAAAAACAAUUAAUGUAUCGAACGUCAUGCGUCUUUUUAAAAUUAUCAAUGAAAUGACAGUAGAACAUUACAAAAAGGAAUUGAUAAAAUAUUGCUUCAACUUCUAUUUUAAAAACAUGACGAAUGUAAUCCGGACAGAAAGUUUUGAAGAAUUGGAUGUCGAAACAAAGUCUAUGUUAAUAGAUAAAGGAAAGAAUUUUUUUUUAUCAGAAAUUGGUAAUUCUGGUUAUUUAGAAUAA